AUUACACACUUUAAGCUCAUGCACGUCAUAUGUGACAAAGAUGUGGCAGUGAUGUUUAUAUUUUUUAUAAAAAUUUAAAAUUUCGUUUUUAAGAUGUUACAAAACCUGUUAACAAAGGGAAUUCAUUAUAAAAUAUCCAGUAGAACUUUACAAUAUUUGAAUUUAGCGUCAGGUCAACUCCAGUCAUGUAAACUCUGUGUCAGGUUAUAUUCUAGUCACAAAUCGGUGCUACCAAGUUAUUAUGGAAGAACAUUACUUAAACAUAGCUCAAUUAAAAGAACGAGACAUUAUACUAGCCAAGUGGAUGCUCACAAAAAAGAUGGUGCGGUGGAAUUAAAGGAUAAAGCUGAGAUAGCAACAUCCAAAAAAAUUAAUGUAAAAUUAAAACCUACAGAAGUGAAGAGACUGUUUACUCUAGCUGAACCCGAGAAAUGGACGCUUACAGGUGCCAUUGGUUUGCUGAUCAUAUCAUCUGGUGUUACAAUGGCAGUUCCUUUCUCACUUGGGAAAGUAUUAGACAUUAUAUAUGACACAACAUCUGACUUGGGGGCGGCCAGAGAGAAAUUGGAUUCACUGUGUCUCAUGCUGUGUGGAGUGUUUCUAAUUGGAGGACUUUGUAACUUUGGAAGAGUGUACCUGAUGUCAAUAUCUGGCCAAAGAAUGACACAGGCUUUGCGCAAACAGGUAUUUGCAGCAAUCCUGCGCCAGGAACCAAAGUGGUUUAGCAAAAACUCUACAGGAGAGCUAGUUAAUAGAUUAUCAGCUGAUACACAGCUUGUUGGUCGCAAUCUGAGCCAGAAUGUCAGUGAUGGCUUGAGAUCCUUGUUGAUGGUUGGAGCUGGCACAGGAAUGAUGUUUUAUAUGUCACCAUCACUUGCUCUUAUAGGGUUGUGUGUUGUGCCCCCGGUGUCGUUGCUAGCCGUGUUUUAUGGAAGGUUCGUGCGUGGUAUCACGAGGCAACUGCAGGACACACUAGCGGAAACCAGUGAUCAUGCUGAAGAAAAAAUAUCAAAUAUAAAAACUGUAAAGGUGUUUAAUAAAGAAGCCAGAGAAUGCGAGACUUACGCAAAGAAAAUAGAAAGUUUAUUGAAUUUGGCGUACAAGGAAUCACUGGCUGUUGGUAGCUUUUAUGGUUUGACGGGUCUAUCCGGUAACACCAUCAUAAUCCUGGUACUGUACUACGGCGGCGGUAUGGUCGCUACAGAACAACUGACCGUGGGCAAUCUGACAUCGUUCCUGCUGUACGCCGCGUAUGUGGGCAUCAGUAUCGGCGGUCUGAGCAGUUUCUAUACGGAGCUGAACAAAGGCAUCGGUGCGGCUUCGCGCCUUUGGCAGAUUAUUGACAGAAAGCCUACGAUACCUGUAUCAGGUGGGAUAAGGCCAAAGGAGCGUCCUAAAGGUGAUAUCGUUCUAGAAAACAUAUCAUUUUCAUACUGUGGCGCACCGAUGAUCAAAGGUCUCAAUCUCCGACUACUCCCCGGUAAAUCUGUUGCGUUGGUUGGUCGGUCCGGGUGUGGAAAGAGUACUAUAGCUUCACUUAUACUAAGAUUGUAUGACCCAGAACAAGGAAGGAUAUUGUUGGAUGGAGAGGAUAUAAGGAAUUUGGAUCCAGUAUGGUUAAGGAGCCAUAUUGGUUUUGUUAGUCAGGAGCCGGUACUAUUCACUGGGUCGAUAAAGGAAAAUAUCAUGUAUGGAUUGCCCAAUGAAGAGGAGCUUUUAGAAACGGAACAGGAACCAUCUUGGUUGAAGGCGGCUCGUGCGGCGCAGUUACAAGAGCUGGCUAACAGCAGCAGUGCGGGGUGGGAGCGGCAGGUGGGGGCGGGAGGUUCCGAGCUCAGCGGAGGACAGAAACAACGGGUCGCUAUCGCCAGGGCAAUCGUCAAGAACCCGAAAAUCCUGAUACUCGACGAAGCUACCUCAGCAUUAGAUACGUAUUCAGAAUAUUUAGUCGACAAAGCUUUAAAGGAAAUAAGUAGAGAACGCACGGUCCUUACGAUAGCCCAUAGACUUAGUACAAUACAAUCGGCAGACGAAGUCGCUGUCAUUGGCAACGGAGUGAUCAUCGAAAAGGGACCAUAUAAAGAGUUGAUGGCGAAACCUAGCGGAUACUUCAGAGAACUCAUAACCCAUCAGACGUUCAGUAAACCGAAGAAUUCAACUGAAGUACAGAAUAGCUAAUGUUUUCGACGCACUAGAGAAUAAUAGGAUAAUUAUUACAAAAAUGCUUGGAUCAUUUAUACGUCUAGAUAGACUAUGACAGCUGUGAAAACGUCGAAAAUGUUUGAGUUUAGAGGUAACCUCUAUUUUGAGCAAUGCACGCACACUAACACAGUGUCAUACAAAUCGCGAGUCUAAGACGUAGUUUGUCACGCACACUAAACUAAUAAACAUGGCUGGUUUUUAUCGGUUGUCUAGCAGCAAGAGACUCCAUCUAGACGUAUAUAUUAUCUCAGCAAAAAUCUGUUCACAAAAUAUUUUUACAUCUGCGAAGUACAACUGUGUGAUAUAUAUUUUUAUAUUAAGUAUUCGGGCAAAGGUUUAGGCUGUUAAAGAUAUUGGUGUAAUAAUUCAAAAUUGGGGGAUUAUAAAUUUAGAUUUGGUGUUAUGUUACUGCCAUACUUUCGUAACGGGCACAAUACUGUUUCAAUAUGGGUUUACUUUUGUUUGACUAUAAGUCGCGGCUUUAUUGAGUAGUACUAUGAUUUGUGAUAGAAAUUUGAAAUAGAAAAAGGUUUUAUUUAUUUUAGUAAAAAUAAGUACAAAUGUUCACGGUCGAGUAAAAAAAGAAGGACUCCGCGCCGUUAUAUUAGCAAGUGAAGCACCGUUAUGCUAGUGUGUGUGUGCGCUUACGGGGGUUACUAGUUACAAAAUUUUUUCUCCCUUAAAUAAUCAUAUAUAGCCACAAAUACUUAUAUUAUCGUUUUUAUACUUUAUCACAACGCACGACGGCAUUUUUAAAAUAUUUUAUUGAGACGCAAACUGAUCUGUCACAGACGAUGACAAUUCUCAUGAUGGCCGCCUAUCGGCCUGUAGUAGUGUAAGUGUGUGCGUGGGGCUAUGUAUUUACACGUCAAUCGGCUUGUUUUGGUGCUACAACUGGUGUUAUGUAACAUGGAGUCCUUAUUUUUUUUACUAGUCCGUGCAAAUGUUAUACCUUAUUUCACAAACAGGUAUUAAUAAUAUUAUGUUAAAUUGUUGCAUGUUUUUGUGAAAUAAGUAUUUUAUAUAUAUAUAUUUGGUGUUAUUUUUUAUUGUUAUAGAACAUUAUCGAGAUGACGAAGUGCAAUGCAUUGCAAGUGACAAUUAUUAACAAAUAAAUUUAUGGAAAUGCUAAUGCACUGAACAUUAGAUUUCUUAAAGCAAAUAGUUUUUAUUUAUUAUCAUGAUUAUCAAUGUGAUAAAUUGUUGUAGUAAUAUGAGAAAUUAUGUGUAAAUCGAAUUAUGUUAAAAUAUUAGCACCAUGAUCAAAUUAUAACGGGUAACGGAAUAAAUUAAAUGUAUGGAAUAAAUGAGUUACAGUCUAAUUGUUAA